UCGCUUCCCUCUCAUUCUCGCACUCUCUCGCUCCCUAAACAUACAUACAUACCUACAUAUUAAGCAAAAUGCCUUCUUCUUCUGUCACUCUUGUUUCCAAAUGCACAAUAUGCCCUGAACAUAAAUCCGACAUGAAACCCCUCAAGCUGUCUGUUUCCGACAUGCCCAUGCUCUCAUGCCAAUACAUCCAGAAGGGCGUUCUGCUCACCCUUCCUCCCUACUCCAUCGAUGACCUCCUUUGCUUUCUCAAACGCUCUUUGUCUCUCACUCUCACCCACUUCCCCACCCUUGCCGGCCGUCUCUCCACCGACUCUGAUGGCCACGUCCACAUCGUCUGUAAUGAUGAGGGCGUCGAUUUCAUCCAAGCCAAAGCCAAGCAUCUAUCCCUUCACGCCCUCAUCUCUCCGGGCCUCGACGUCCCUGCCUGUUUCAAAGAGUUCUUCGCCUUGGACAGAACUCUCAGCUACUUGGGCCACUUCAAGCCCUUGGCUGCCGUCCAGAUUACCGAGCUAAAUGAUGGCGUUUUCAUCGGCUGUACAGUCAACCAUGCCGUCACGGACGGGACCUCCUUCUGGCAUUUCUUCAACACAUUCGCUGAAGUUUGCAGGGGAGGGAAGAAGUUACCCAAAGCACCAGACUUUUCUCGCAACACUGUGUUCAACUCGCCGGCAGUGCUCAAAUUCCCACCCGGCGGUCCCAAGGUGACCUUUUCCGGCGACGAGCCGCUGCGGGAGAAAAUCUUUCACUUCAGCAGGGAAGCAAUUCUGAAGCUGAAAUACAGGGCCAAUAAUUAUAAUCACUUGCAAAACGGUCAUGUCGAUCAGUCCGCUGUUGAGUUACUCGGAAAGCAAUGUAAUGACAGUUGGAUAACGGUUAAUGGAGAUAACAGUAUGCCUAACGGUAAGAUAUCGUCUGUCUUGGAGGGUCUGCUGAGGAACAACAUCUCGAAUCGGACGAUGGAGAUUUCUUCCUUUCAGUCGCUCAGCGCUCAGCUAUGGCGUUCGGUGACACGUGCGAGGAAGCUGACGGCAAGAAAAAUGACGACCUUUCGAAUGGCUGUGAAUUGCCGCCAUCGGCUCGAACCGCAGAUGGACCCGUACUACUUUGGAAACGCGAUACAGAGCAUCCCGACAGUUGCUGCGGCCGGCGAGCUUCUGUCCCGGGAUCUGCGAUGGUGCGCAGAUCUUCUGCACCGGAACGUGGUUGCCCACAAUGACGCCACAGUCCGUCGGGGAGUAGCGGAUUGGGAGAGUGAGCCGAGGUUGUUCCCGUUGGGGAACUUCGACGGUGCAUCGAUGACGAUGGGGAGUUCCCCGAGAUUCCCCAUGUACGAAAACGACUUCGGGUGGGGACGGCCUCUGGCGGUGCGUAGCGGUGCGGCGAACAAGUUCGAUGGUAAGAUCUCGGCGUUUCCGGGAAGAGAAGGGAAGGGAAGUGUAGAUCUUGAGGUGGUUUUGGCACCAGAAACAAUGGCGGCGCUUGAGAAGGAUACAGAGUUCAUGCAAUACGUAUCGGGCAGUACCGCCGUGUGAUCAGAACUUUGUGAGAUUGAGGAUUAUACCAGAGCGAGACAAGGGUUUAAGGGAGGUGGGGCUGCAGUUUGAUCGAUCGAUGGGUUAUUAUUGGUUGUAGUGGAUGAAGAUCUUGAUAAAGUUCAAGUGGUAAGGGGGCUAUGAGGUUGCUGCUUUGGAGGGUUGUGAUUGAAUUUCCUUGUUUAUAUAAAUUAAAUUCUGCUAGAAAACGACUGCUUAAGCAAACGACCUUUUGGCUGUUUACUGGAAAA